AUGAACGUAUACGCGGAAAUUGCACGUCUCGACGAUCUCAAGCAAGACGAAAAAGACGAACUCUUUGCGUAUUUUGCCACGAACCCUAGUGUGAAACAGGAAGUACUUGAUGCUCUGCCAGAAUGCACGGACGACAUUUCCAGGGUUCGUUUCCUACGACGCAUUCUCCUGCAGGCGACACCAGUAAAUAUCUCAAAGGUGAAUACCGAACUUGUACACGUUUUCGUCGAUAACUCCAAUCUAUACGUUGAGGCGAAAUAUUCUGUUGGCCAACUUGAAAAAAUUUAUGACCGUGUUAAAAUAUUCAACGAAGCUACUAACGUCGAAGAAUAUCAUCAAGUUUACUAUAUGAAAAGUCUUCGGAUAGAUUAUGGAUGCCUACUUACAACUAUUCUGAGUGGACGUAGUAUGGGUAGCAGUCCAAUUAUUGUGGGUUCUCGUCCGCCACCAGACGAUACGCCGUGGAACAAAAUCAAAGACCUUGGAUAUGAAGUCAAAGAUCCUGGCGUAUUGGUGCUAGUAGCCGGCGAUGGGGAUUAUGAACCUGCAUUAGAGGAAAUAUUGAAAGCAGGGUGGAAAGUUGAAAUACGGUUCUGGGCUUCUGCAAUAUCUCAUCACCUCAAAUCCCCGGAUAUUACUCGUAAAGAUAAAGAAUUAAAAAUAUCAUACAAACCCCUGGACAGCGAAUACCGAAAUUUUACAUACUGUGUUGGACCUGAUCUCACCAAGAAAAAGAGUAUUUUUCGAAUUGAACGUGAUGAUAUAAACCGCGUUUGGAAAAGUGAAGAAAUUAUGAAAUGUUAUACAGAAUUGCAAUUGUUCUGUUGGUGGUACAAGACAGAUGAUGGUGGGCUGGAGUUAUAUUUCAAUAGUAAGGCACAGUUGGAGAGGGCAGGUCGUUGGAUGAAAAAGAACUUUCCAAAUAUUAAUGCUUGGAAAAUACAAG